AUGUUUUGUUCAACAAUAGAUGCUCUAACUGAACAAGGCUACGAUCUCCAGUUCGGCGCUAACAUGCUCGGUGCGCACAUCCUUCUCUCUACACUACCCCAGUGUAUAACCGUGACCUUCCUCUCACAGGUGUCUCUACUUUACCCACCUUCUCCUCCCUACAUUCACAUCCAUCUUUGCAUCCAACCCCCAAUUCAGACCGCGAAUCAUCAAUACCGCGUCACUAAAUCACAUCUUCAUGAGCAGGAUGGCGUUGUAUUCUCAGAGCAAAUUCGCUAUGGUCGUGUGGACCACCGAGCUGGCACGCAGAUAUGCAGAUCAAGGGAUCAUCGCUAUCUCUCGAACUAUUCUGGCACGCACGAUCCUUCCACUAUCACCGAACUCUUUUUAAUUUAUUCUUGUACGAUGCUGUACCCUGUAGAGAUGGGAGGGCUCACGCAGCUGUAUGACGCGACAAUGUCUGAUUCAGAGGCAUUGAAAUGUAACGGUGGGUACAUGAAACCAUGGGUGCGAGUCGGGGCGGUAUUUGCUGCUACCAAAGGCGAAGCCGUGGGCCGUCGGCUUUGGGAGUAUCUAGAAGAGCAAAUAGUCGGCUUUUAG